AUGAUUAAACUUGCAAAUUCACUAGUAAAAAUGUCAAAACAACUAAAGGUUACUGUAAUUGGAAGUGGAAAUUGGGGUACUGCGGCCGCAAAAAUCGUAUCCCAAAAUGUUAAAGUCAAAACAAUGUUCGAUCCCACUGUCAAGAUGUAUGUGCUGGAAGAACUGAUUAAUGGGCAGAAACUUACUGAAAUUAUCAACACCAAACAUGAGAAUGUCAAAUAUCUACCUGGUAUCACAUUGCCUUCCAACCUAAUUGCCAUUCCGGAUCUCAAAGAAGCUAUCACUGAUUCGGAUCUCCUCAUUUUUGUCCUCCCACACCAAUUUAUCAAAUCUGUUGUCUCUAAUGUUAAGGCCACCAACGCCGUAAAGUCCGGGGCCAUUGCCAUCAGUCUGAUCAAGGGCAUUGACAUCAAGGGCCAUGUACCCACACUCAAUACAGCAAUAAUCACCGAAGAAUUGAACAUUGAUUGCAGUAUACUAUCUGGUGCAAAUGUGGCUAUGAAUGUCGCAAAGGAAGAGUUCUGCGAGGCUACAAUUGGAUUCAAUGUAAAAGAAAACGCAAAGGUUUGGCAACAAUUAUUUGACACAUCAUACUUCAAGAUUAGAUGUGUUAAUGAUGUUGCAGGAGUGGAAAUUUGUGGCGCCAUUAAGAAUGUAAUUGCAGUGGCUGCAGGGUUUUGCGAUGGAUUAGAGCUAGGAUCUAAUACUAAAGCUGCUAUUAUGCGUAUGGGGUUCCUGGAGAUGAAGAAGUUUACCCUGCAAUUUUUCCCCAAGGCAUUAGAUGAAACCUUUUUCGAGUCUGCUGGUAUUGCCGAUCUAAUCACCACUUGUUUUGGUGGAAGGAAUGUCAAGUGUGCAGCUGAAUUUGCCAAACACGGCGGUAAUAAGCCUUGGAAUCAAAUAGAAUCAGAAUUGUUAAAUGGUCAAAAAUUGCAAGGUGUAUCUUCUGCAGAACAACUGUACGACAUUAUACUGAAACAUAACAUUCAAGAUGAAUAUCCAAUCUUUUCAACUACUUAUUUGAUAUCUUUUGGGAAAAUGAAGCCGAAAGACUUUAUACCAAAGCUUUCUACUGACACAUUGAUUGACUUCUGA